AUGGCUUCCUCCUACAACGAUACUGGAAUCAAAUACGUGGAGCUGAAAGUCUUCACUUUCCAGAGCGGUGCGACCCUUCCAACUGUUCGAAUUGCAUACAGGGAGUUCAAUCCCAGCGGAGAGAAGAUUACACUGGUUCCACAUACUUCCGUGGAAGAAUAA